GACAGGACGAAACGUAGCCCGACAAACAGGAGCGAUUUCAGCACCAGGACAGCGACACGUAGCUCAAACAAACCACUUCUACCAGCCAUCAUGGUUCUCAUCUGGACUCAGUUCGGGGUUAAGCACAAAAAUGUCAACGUCAAGUGCAAAGUGCGAGUUAUGCACAGAGGUGACAGCUCAGGCUCAUCAUCAUCAGCGGAAAGCACCAAGUCUGAGCAGGACACGCCCUGCCUGGCCAUCAAGCCCACAGGCAAGGACUUCUACAAAGUCCUGGGUGUCAUCCCGGAAUCCAAUGAAGAUGAGAUCAAGAAGGCCUACAGGAAGAUGGCUCUCAAGUUCCACCCAGACAAGAACAGCGAUGCGGAUGCUGAGGACAAGUUCAAAGAGAUCGCCGAGGCCUACGAGAUCCUGACUGACCCCAAGAAGAGAAGCAUCUAUGACCAGUUUGGAGAAGAAGGUCUUAAAAAUGGAAUGUCAACGGCGGGCCAAGGCAACGCUUUCCGCAAUAACUGCCACACCGAUCCUCACGCCACCUUCUCCUCCUUCUUCCACGGCUCCGACCACUUCGACAUCUUCUUUGGCAACGACAAGGACGGCGAAGGGGUUGAAGAGGACCUCUUCAACCCCUUCAGACAGUUCCCCUUCAGCCACGUGGGCGGGUUCUCUGGCAGCGACGGCGGCCUGCCAAGGGGCCAGCGGCGGCUGCAGGGCGAUGAGGUGGUGCACGAUCUGCUGGUGACCCUGGACGAGGUGAUGCAGGGCUGCACCAAGCAUGUGAAGAUCACCCGCAGCCGCCUCAACCCCGACGGACGCAGCCUGCGCUCGGAGGAAAAGGUGCUGAACGUGGUGGUGAAAAAAGGCUGGAAAGCGGGGACCAAGAUCACCUUCCCCAGGGAGGGAGACGAGACGCCCAACACCACCCCUGCCGACAUCACCUUCAUUCUCAGGGACAAGGAGCACACGCAGUACAAGAGAGACGGCUCCAACAUCGUCUUUAUGGCCAAGAUCACCCUCAAGGAGGCUCUCUGCGGCUGCACAGUUAACGUUCCAACACUUGACAACCGGAUGAUGCCUUUACCAUGCAGCGAUGUCAUCAAACCAGGUGCCGUCCGGCGGCUUCGGGGCGAGGGUCUGCCCCUGCCCAAGAGCCCGUCUCAGCGAGGUGACCUGGUGGUGGAGUUCCAGGUGCUCUUCCCCGACAGGAUCCCACCGCAGUCUCGCGAGAUCAUCAAGCACAGCCUGGCCCAGUGCUAGUGCCAAUCUGCUUUAAUUCAGUGACCUGAUUGACACAGCAUCACCAUGUGUGUGUGUUGUUGCUCUUAUCAAUUCACAAACACGGCCUUGCUCGAGGUGCUAUAGUAUCACAACCACUCACAACCUCUUAUUGUGUUUGGAAAUGGCAAGCGGCGCUUAAGUGAGUUGUCGUUCAGCGAGGAGACGACUUUCUGCAGGCAAGACACACAACAACUACGAUGCCACAGGAGCAGUGAGUUUAGAUCUGACGAAUGGGGUCUUUGGUAUCUGAGGGCGUCCAUUGACUCAACAGCCUUGCUCUUGAAUGAAAAGGUUAGCUGCACUGUUAUACCUGCAGACCUAUAGCAGAAUAUCAGUGUGUGUGCUAUUCAAGUCUGUAUAGACUUCUUUAAACAUGAGUGGUAGAAACAAAAAAAAUACUUUACUAUGGUUAUAUGGUGCUCAUAUGACUGAUCUUUUGCAUUGAUUUAUUACAAUAGCAAAAUAUACUUGUGUACAAGGAUCUACUUUGUGUACAAAAUGCAAAAAAAAUGUUGUCUCUAAGAGAUUCAUCUGUCAAAUGUUCUAUUGAAUUAUUUGAAAUGUUUGUGUAUAUAUAUAUAUAUAUAUAUAUUCUGCGACAAGCCAGCAGUUGAUGUAUCAUUACCUGACAUAGACAUGUUUGGAAAGCAUGAAAAAUAAAGAAAAAAACACAAUU